AUCUGCGACGGACACCUCAUCGCUAAUUCCGUCGCAGAUCUGCUACGGUUUAAACACUUCCGUCGCAGAUUUUAGGGGUGCGAAACGCGAAGGUGCCCGUCGACGAGGUGGAGUCGCAACGAACCCGCCUGAAAAUUGAAAUACGGGAAAUAUGAGCAGGGAGAAGACAACAAAAGCCGUCGACGAGGUGGAAGAGCUGCUGCGAGCCGCCGCAGACGAAACCCUCCUCCAGCUCAGCGUCGAUGCACACACUACCCGAGGAUCAUCCACCCAAUUCAUAGCCCCUGAUCUUGACAGACGCUUUCAAGCCCUAAAAACCCGACCGAAGAGCUCAUCAAUCCCUAAUAAACAUCCAAAGACGUCUGCUCCAACGGCCUCACUAGUCACUGAUAAUGUAAAUUGCCACAGAACAGUUGGUGAUGGUGGCGAUGAGAAUGAUCUGUUUGCUAGGUUUGCUGCGCUCAAGAGCUCCCUCCCUUCCUAUUCUUCCUCGGCUGGUAGUGGUUGCAACCCCAGGUUGGGAAGGGUAGAAUUGGAAAAUGUCGAAGACGAGGAUGAGGACGAUCAAGUUGAGAAGCUGAUCAAGUGGGCUGUUGAUGCCGCGAGGCUUGAUCCUUCUCCUCCUUCUGAUACAGAUUAUGAAGACGAUGAUGAUAACUCUGAUAGCCAUAGCGAAGAUGAAGAUAAUGACGGCACCAAAAGGCAGCAGAAACGGAAAUGAUCAUGAAAUGACUGCUAUAGAUUGCCGUUGGCUGUGAAGGUUGUAGAGCUGCUUCAAAACCUUGAUGUAUGAAGCCUUUGUACCUUUUUGUUCAGAGGAAAAUGUUAUGUUUAUUUUUCCCUGUUAAAAAAAUGUAAGAGUUUGUGCAUGUAUUUGUUCACAGUAUCUCCAAACUGUAAAUAAUGGUGAAGAAUGAAACUCAUAAUCCCUACAACAUGUAGGAUCAUGUAUAUACUACAUUGAAUUGAAUACUGCCACAUCAAUGUAGUAAUCUUACCGGCAGUAUAAUAAUUAAUCUGAUGAUAG